AUCUGGUGAGACUGCUUGAGAUAGUUGAGUCCAAACCAGGCGAGUUUUAAUGGCGGGAUUCGACUUUGCAAGCGUAAGAGAGAUUCAUCAUUUCUUCCAUCCUCAUAUCCUGGAACUCACUAUAUGCCGAGGGCGAGAGGCAAAUGAGAACUACUGUAGAGGGUGCAUGAAACCCAUUGGCGAAGGUUUGGCAUACCAUUGUCAGCCCUGUAAUUUUCUCCUUCACGUGACCUGCUCACAAAUCCCUCAGCAAAUCACUGAUCAUCCCGCUUGUAGUCACGUUCUCUGUCUGCAGCCUCAACCGUGGAAUUAUGCACCCUCAGCUUGUAGAUGCAAUGCAUGUUGGCAACCCAUUACCCAAAGAUUCUCCUUCCACUGCUCUAUUUGCCGGCUAGAUCUGCAUCCCUCGUGUGCAAAUCUGCCCAUGGAAUUUAAGCAUCCACAUGAUCACCAAAGACAUAAGUUGUUUCUCUUCUUCAUUCCACCGUAUCAGAAUAGACUUUUUACCUGUAAUAUCUGCCACGGAGUUGGAGGUUCGUGGCAUUAUCACUGUUCUGAGUGUAACUAUGAUUCGCAUGUGAACUGCACACAAAUACCUUCCAUCAGGGAAUCUCUGCUGAAUGAAGCUUCUGAAGCUGUAAGCCGGGCAUAUGUGAAUAAUGGUGGAGGGCAUAUGGGCGGGUAUAUGUCUACAAGAUCAGGCCCCGGUCAUAUGGAGAGAGGUUUCUGGGAGUAGGAGCAACGUAGGCCAUUCCAAAACCCAUAUAAUAACACGAGGGGUAAUAUGUUUGUGAGGCCAGUGAUCGGAACCAUUAUACAGACAGUGCUGGGGGAGUAUUUUACAAGCUUUUAUACAUCCAGGUGGAGGAGGAAACGGAUUGGGACUCGAUAACUUUGGGGAUUUGUCUGAUGUUAUUGGAUCUCUGUUUGGAUUGGGGUUCUAUUAGAUCUUUAUGAGUGUUGCAGGUCUACAUUGUCUUUGAGAUUGGAAAAUAUGAGAUAUACUAUAGUAUUAGAGGGGAGUAUAUCGUUUUUCAAGUUGUGUGCAAGUAAUUUUCAUAUGUAUGGUACUGUAGGAGUUGUCUUUGGUAAGAGUCUAUAUUUUAAAUUAUCAAAGCUAUGUCAAAGUCUUAUAGUUCAAUUGGUAGGAUACAAUUGGGGAGGGGGAGGAUGAUGAUAUGAGAUAUAUAUGCCAUUCACCAAAGUUCAAACACCUGGAGGUGCAUUCGGACCAGGUUUGACCUCUAGAUGAAUUUGACAGACUGGAUCCCUUUGCAUGUAGUUGCUUAGCCCAAAGAGGCUUGAAGUUUAAAUUUAUGCUUAUAAAGUAAUCA